AUGAAUUCUUCGUUCUACGAUGAUCAAGAGUCUUUCUCCUCCCGUAGAUACUUCAUCAUUUCUUCAAAAAAGCAAGAAAGCUCAGCAAAUAAGAUAAAGUACAAUUAGUCAAAGCUUAUAAUGAAGAAAAAUAGCAAGAACACUGAUGAGAAAGAGAAAAGCCGAAAUCUGGCCAAUAAAAACACAUAGGUAGCAAAGGGACACAGCAGCACUAACUCAUUCCAGAGAUUUGCAAAUGAUACCAGAGCAAUGGAUGACAUUUUGAAAUCUAAGACCAAGGUCGAAUGCAAAAUGGAGUCAUAAAUAGAUUUUGAGAAGUUAUCAAAAGACUAUAUCAAGGAGUAAACCCUUUAGCCCUAGAAACUAAAACCUAAUAAACCUGAACAGUAUCAGCGCAAUUCUCUCAUGGUCCAUAUGCAGUUUCAAAAUGAACUGGUUUCAAUGACAAAACCAAGAAGAGUAGAUUCUGAUAUGAACAAUAAUGAUAAGUAAUUAUUGCCUCUGCAAAGUACAAUGAAUGAGAAAGUUCAGCUAGGGUUGAAUGCAGGUUCUCGCCUCUCAAUACUUUCACCUCAGAAUACACUUCAAUAGAAUUAGUAUUCUAUAGGAGGUACUCCAAGCAACAGCAAGCGAAGAAAAAGUACUUUUGCUGGUGCUGUGCCUCAUAUCCCUUAAAUGACAAGUGGAGUAGGAGAAUCCAACUAAUAAAUAGGUUCCAACUCCUCCUCAAAAUCACACUAAAUCCAAUCUCUUCACAAAAAGCAAAUCAUUGAUGCUGAAUAAUUGUAGAAUUCUAAAAUAAUCAUCAGCUGCAAGGAGAAGUACAUAAACUUUACCAGUUCAACAGGUUAUCUAAUGCUAAACAUCAUAGCUACAGGUAUUUCUACAUUGAUCGAUUUAAUGAGAGUUUCAUUCUUCGAUAGUAAGGCUGAUCAAGCAUUUUUCAUUGUGAUGAUAUUGCUCUAAGCUAUCAUAGUAGGGUAAAUAAUUGGAAAAUUCUUAAGACUUGGCAAGCUUUAUUUCCUCUAACUCAACAGCUAUGUAGAGAUGACCUUUGUUAUCUUAAACUUCAACUCGACCUAUUUGCAGCCUAACUAUACAAUUUACAUCGUAAUAAACUACCUGAAAAUCAUAAACGUGACAAGAAUCUCAAACAUAUUUAUGUUCAUUAAAAAGAGAUAAAAACAACUACUAAUUGAGAAAUAUAACAAAGAAAGAGAAAGAAUCAAGAAGAAGCAGGAAAAACAAAUUUUAAACUUCAGUAAGAAUGAUAAAUUUAGAAAAUCUUAGUCACUAAGGGCUCUAUCUCCGAAUAAAGUCGGUGAAAGCAUUAGAGGUAAAUUUUCAACUGCAGCAGCUGAAUUGAGCUUGUCUUUGCAUAACAACAAUGCGAUCUAAUAAUAAUUACCUCAGAGGAGAUAAUCUAUAUAACAUUAAAGAAACAGUGAGCAAAGUAAGGUGUCCAGUGAGCCUCAAAAUUACAUUAUACUAUAAGGCAGAUUCAAAGACAAGAUAUUUGGAAAUGACAACACACCAUCAAUGUACCAAAUGUAGAAGUAGAACUUCAGGCUUUAGUAAAACUGCAACGAAUUCAUCAAGUUCGACCAGAUUUUGGAGAACACUUACACAGAUUUGAUCUUGAGAAGGACUAUGUCAAUAUUUUUCUUGUGUGUUAUCACUGCUCCUUUCUUUCUGAACACAUUUUACUUCCCACCUCAUGAAACCUUAGAUGACUUUUACAUAAUGGUUUAAAAGACCUUGGUCAGGUCAAAUUACAGCAAUAAGACUGAUGAUUUCGUGAAAACCUAACUAGAGAAAUUAGUCAAGAUUGGCAUUGAUUUCGAAGAAACACCAAUUAUUGAAUUUGAAAGCCCAUAUUACAACUUUUCAAUCCUUGACUAGCUAAAUCUCAGAAAGAACGAAAUGUACGUAUUCGAUUAAGUAUACGACCCAAAUGUAAUUUUCCCAAUGAAGAUGAUAUUUACUAGACGAGAUUACAAUUCUUUAUAAUCCUUGCUAGGACUAUGUGCAUAUAUUUGGUACUUUAUAUUGAUCUUUGUGAUGAUUAUUAUAAUUAACGGUGAUAUUGAAAAAUAGGUAUUGCAUCCUUUCAAUGCACUGUUUGAAAAAAUUUGGUCUCUGAUUAUCGAUCCUAUGCUAGUAGUAAACAAUCAGUUUCAAUAAUUUGCUGGGAUGUAUACAAUGUAGUAAAAUAAGUAAAGGUAAAAUAAGCAUGAGGAUCAAGGCAAUCAUAAUGAUGUGAGCACACUUGAUCAUAGCUAAGCUUAAAUGCCUCGAAGAAGUUAAGUAUUUACUAAUAAAAGGAAAUAACUGAAAUAGAAGUCGAAAGAUGGAACAAUCGACAAUGAAAUUGAGUUGAUUGAUGAGAGUUUAUUCAAGAUUUCAAAGCUAUUAAUGCUUUACUAUGGAGAAGCUGGUGCAUCUCUGGUAUCUAAAAUGAUAAGAAGCGAGUCUUCACUUUUAGACUUUUCAGAGGAAUAUGGUACCAAGACACUAGCUAUUUUUGGAUUUUGUGAUAUUAGGAAUUUCACAGAUGCAACUGAAAUCCUUCAGGAAGGAGUAGUGAGUCUGGUUAAUAAAGUAGCAUAUAUAGUACAUUCUAACACCAUUAGAUACGGGGGUCAGCCUAAUAAGAAUAUAGGAGAUGCUUUUUUGUUAGUUUGGAAACUGAGUUCUAAUAAAGAGACCUAUGAGAUUCUCAAACCACUUGGAAAGAUUAAGACAAAAAAGUAAGUUCCAGCUUCAGUAAGAAAAGAAGCUACAAUUAUAGCAGAUGUGGCAUUACUAAGCACUCUUAAGACCAUUUCAUAAAUAAACACUGCCAAGGAGCUAUAAAUUUAUAAUGAUAAUCUCGAAAUGCAUAAGAGAAUUCCAGGAUUCAGAAUUAAAAUGGGAUUCGGACUCCAUCUUGGAUGGGCUAUUGAAGGUAUGAUUGGUUCAAACUAUAAAAUUGAUGCUUCAUAUCUAUCUCCGAAUGUAAACACAGCUUCAAGAUUAGAAGCUGCAACAAAGCAAUAUGGAGUCUAGAUCCUAUUUUCUCAAGGAAUUUACAGUCUGCUCUCACCAGGGUAUUAAGAGUACUGUAGAAUAGUUGACAAGGCCAUUCUAAAAGGUUGCCAGUCUUCCCAAGAUCUUUAUACUGUUGAUAUCGAUAUGAAUCAAGGCGAAUUAGCUUAAAUUAAUGUGGCUGGUAUCGGUAUUGGUCUAACUCCAAGAUAAGACAGUUAAGUUACAUUAAAUUCUUCUAGAAACUAUAAGCAAGUAUCUCAAGAUGUGAUCAGAAAUGAACAGAGAUGCAUUUUCGAGAGUCUCUACAGAGGAGAGAUCACUUCAGAGCAGAUGCUUAUGAAAUGCUAAGAAGUUCAAGAAAUCCUUAUAAAAAGUCCCUAUUUUAGAAUAUUUAAACUCUAGUACUACUAGGCUUUUAGAUUAUACAUAGAGGGGCACUGGCAUGAGGCCAAAAACGAGUUUGAAAAAUGCUUGAGUAUAUUUCCAGAGGAUGGGCCAUCUCAAGUACUACUCGAAUACAUUGAGUCUCAAAAUCUUGACCCAAUCAAAGCGAAUUGGAAAAAUUACAGAGUCCUAGAGGACAAAUGA